UCCUUUUUAAGAGGACUUUCAGCCUCUUUCAUCAGGAAAUGAUUAGACUGACAACCACACUCCAAUCACAUUUGACCUUUGGACAUUAAACAUGAAGCUAACACAGACCUAGACAGCAGGAAAAAAUAUAGGCAACGUGACGGUUUGGCUCAAAGUAAUUCAGCAUCAACUGACUUGUAGUUUCUGAUCAGGUUCUUAAAUUGAAAUAGCAUGAGUACAAGACCAUAGCCCCUUUUUUUUAUGUGUCCUUGAGAUAUUACAAGGAAAACGUGAAAAAAAUGUUUUCCUUCUCUUGGAUCCUGGGAACUUCUGAUUGGACGUCUUUUGAUUUAAACCCCACAGAUUGUUUUUUUAAAGGUCUUGUAGGUGCAUGUGGAAUAUCAGUGCUGUACAAUCUGAUGAGAGUUUACCAUUUCAUUCAAACGUGCAGUGAUCUCGAGACUGAAACUGAAAGCAAACUGAGGACAUCCGCACUUGGCAAUCUGAGAGCGAAGUGGACAGCAGCUCUCCAGUUCUGGACCCUGACGGUCCUUCUGUCUCUGGUAAACUCGAGGGUUUCCUCUUUGAUAGUGCUGGAGUUUUCUCUUAGAGCUGUUUCUGCCUGGGUAUCAGCAGGACUGAAUGCCAAUGGCAGAGGCUCAGACCUACUCCUGAUCCAGUGCCAGUUUCCCCUGGGUUGCAGCCUUACCUGUACUCUUGACUUCCUCCAUAAGGGGGCUCCACACAGCUCCCUCAGCUUGUUUCUGGCAGCUGCUAUCAGCUGGGCACUGGCAAGUGUCAGCCAAAAUCUGUGGAGCCAUGUGGCCAGACUUUACCCACUACAUAGCAGAGAGCGUUACUGUGGGAAGUGCAUCACCCUCCUGGCCUCUGGACACACCAUACUGGCUUCACUGCAAAGAGCUGUUGUCUUGGCCUUUGCUCUAGCAACUGUGGCUUACACCAGUACAAUUUAUGACCAAUUCCUGUCCCAGAAGGAUGCUCUAAAGUUUUGGAUUCCACUGACACUUUGCUACACCAUGUUGGUGGUCUACAUUCAAGAUAAUCAGCAGCAGCAGCCUGGCAUAAAUGCCCUGCGGCACACUGUCUUGCUGCGAAUGGGAGCCUUACUGGUGCUAAUGCUGACAGUGGGCGACUGGUUUGAUGUCUUCCACGUCCUCAUCACUUUCCUCGGUGAAGCAGUCUGCCUGCUGCCCUCUCAGGACCUGUUACAAGCCGCGUUUAAGGAAGACGAGGACACAAGCUUGAGAAAAUAGAAACAGAGCUCCAGUUCCGAAACAAUGAAAACAUCAUCAGCUGAUAGCUGAUGAUGAACCCCAAAUCUACAUCAAAUACCAGAGACUACCUCAACUGUCAAGAUGUGAUGAUAAAACAAUAAAGGAUAUAUUGUGGCCACACUUGAUGGCAUAA